ACAAUAUUUCACGCAGCAAAUGUACUAUCCUUAUGUCAAUCCUUAUUCUCAUCUAACUGAAGCCAAUGGAAACCUUGCAAUUCAGGGAUACGGCAGUGAUGGGCGUCCAAAGUUCCGACGCAGUAGAACAAUAUUCAAUCCUGAACAACUCGAGGUCUUAGAACAACAUUUUGAAAAAUACAAGUAUCCUGAUUUAAAACGUCGGAAAAUCAUCUCAGAAGAAAUAGGAUUGCCUGAAGAGAGAAUUCAAAUAUGGUUCCAAAACAGACGGGCUAAAGAUAAACGACAAGUGGACCAACAGGUGAAACUACAGAAGUUAGUUGAUGAAGCCAUGGGUGGAGCAUCACAGGAAGUAAACAGAUUCAAUUCUGAACCUGGAGCUGCAGUUUCAUUUCACAAUCCUGUUGAGCAUCUGAAUCAACUUUCACAAAACAAUAUCAGACUUGAUGGACCAGUAGCUGGGGAUGGCCAGCAAGAACACAAGGAUGUUGAAUACUUAAGUACUAAAGAAAACUGCUUUCCUCAACAAGUUAAGCAACCAGCUGAGAAAUUUGAUAGUAUAUCACAGUGGUCUAAUGAAAUCAUGGAACCACCAGAACCACAAGUUGCAAUUCAAAACAUUGAUCAAGAUUUACUAUUCAAAGUGGCAAAUAUUCUAUCAGCCAGUAAUGAUGCCACACAGUUGAUUACAGAAUGGUCGCACUCUCCAAACAAGCUUCAAACUAGCAGCCUUGAGGAACAACUGCGGCACUUUGCCGCACAUCAUCAAAAAGUUUUGACAGACAAUGUAAACAUGACACCAUCUGGAGCUUUAACAGAAACUGAGCUGCCCAGAACAGAAUAAUUCUUAGAACUAUUAUUACUUAUUAUUCUAGUAAAUCAAUGUAAUUUUACUAUCACAAAUGUAUAAUCAAACACAAAUUGCAAAUUUGCAACGUACAUAAUUGAAAGGAUGGAAU